AUGCACCAAUAUUCAACGCGGGUUAGCCAAAAUCCCGCCUUCGUUUGGGAUCGACCAACGGUUCCGGAGCAGUGGGAGGACGAACCUUUCAUCAACGGCCAAACCAAGGGCAAUACUACAGAAGGAGGUUUGCUCGAAGCCUUGCUAGACAUACCCGACCAUUCUUCCAGAAGGAACUACGAGCUCCCUAUUUUUGAACGCAUAUUCAAUCAAGAAGCACUCCAAAAGAUCAGUGACGACGAUUACGAAGACCCAACCGCCUUGGCAGUUUGGAUACAUGACAGAAAUAGCACUAUGAACAAAUCCCGCUCUUACAACGGAGCUAUGCCCACAAAGAGGUUCGACAAAGUUUUGAAGCAAAAGGUCUAUCUUCCAACCUUCUUCCUGCCAUUGCUUAUACUUGCCAGACCCCCAUCCAACCACACUAGGGGUGCUUGCCUUGAGUUCAUCACAGCAACAAACCCCUAUGAUCAGGAAGAUGCUCUACCAGCACCUGAGGGCGGAAACCUCACUGUCGGUAGAGUUUGGGGUACCUUGGCGGAAGAACCUUCACAUUUGAGUCGAACAUCCCGUUCUUUGUGUCGGAUCCGCACAACUCACGAUCUUUCUUUCCUCUCAAGAUCCAAUACACGAUCCAAAGACGAGGGAAUAUCUGAUGUUCUCCAUGAAUGUCACACCUCGAUGUUCAUGACUGGAUGGAACGUGAACUUCUGGACAGCAGUCUGCCUCAAUGACACUUACUACUAUGACGACGAUACCUUCGAACAUAACGAGGACAUGCUGCGGCAUUACCACAACUGCGGUCCACCGGAUGAACUAAAUCCACCCUUUGAUCCUCUGAGCAUUGGCAAUCUAACCGCCGACGCUACAUCUCCAAACGACCCCAGAGAGUACUUUCUGCUCAUCCUAAAGCACAGGACUCAAAAGUUAAAAGAAGAGUGGGCAAAUGUUCUUCUUUUCCUGGAGGAGGGAAUCCAUCAAUACACAAUCAAGGCGUACCAAAAGUUCGACUCAAGAGACGCAAGUUUGAUCAUCGUCCCUUCUCAUCCUGGACAUCCUAGUAGAACGGAAAACACCAAUCAUUCGAUUCAACGAAUAGUUGAUGAUCUCGAAGGGUUUCUUGACAGGUUUAACGACUUGAAGAAAGAGGUGGAUGAUUUCAAAACACAGAUUGGGCUGCAUGUUGCUGUGGACGGCGGUCGGGCCAUUGGCUUGCAAUACUGGAAUGUUACAAUAACCAGAAAACCCAGGUACUUCUUCUCUCUUUCUCUCUCUCUCCGUUCUCUCAUGGGCUUGAUUCUUCUUGUCCUGCCCCAACAUCCGAGUGCAGCCAGCUCUCUCGAUUUCUCGGGCCGCAGGACUCCAGAUCAUACGAAGAAGCACAGCGUCAACAUCACCGUACCAGUGCAGAUCAAGGAAAAGAUCUCUCGUACCAACUUGCCGACUUUGGCAGAGGUUGACAGCAUAUAUGCAACUCAGCCUUCCCGCUCCGCUCCACUACAAAGUCUGUCAGAAGUGACACAAACAGCCCUGGCUCUCCUACAUUACAACCUUUGA